AGUAUAGCCCGCGACAGUGGUGGGGAUAGAGCUUCUCUCGCGCUGUCAGUCACUCAGUCAACGCUGAGCUUUCGCUAGAGGAGGUUGAUGCUGUAAUGCUCCUUCAUCGUGUUACCACCUUAGUGCCGAGUGCUUUGACAUUUGAUUAACAACAGCGAAUCGACACCUCAAGUGACUUGAUCUCAGAUGUAUACGAAAUCCGAAACAUCUACUCUGUUGUGCAUGUUGUGUCCUUGUGUUAUGAUUGAUUACAUGAAGUGAUUUCUCUGUUAUAAACUGGUUGGAGCUGCGAAUUUUGGCACCAUUUUGCGACAAUUGAGAAGAUUGGAGGAUUCAGCUCCAAUUGGCAGGAUGCCCAGAAGAAAACAGGAUUGUCCCAAAAGGAUGAAAUGGGAAGGUGGAGAUGAAGGUUCUCCUGAAGAUGGCGAAAAAUUAGAAGGUGAUGAAGAAUCUGGGUCAAUUUCUCCAGUUUCUGCAGCCUCUCCAGUACCCCAAGAUGAAGAUGGUCCAUCACCGAACCCUGAUUUACCUAGUCCUACUAGUCCACGUUCCGUUAAUGACGAAGGAUCAGUGAGGGAAAUGACUCCAUAUCGAUGCAAUUCUAAAGAGUCUGCUGAGAGUAUCAACCGAAGCCCAUCUCGAGAGUCCAUGCUAUCUGACAGAGCUAAUCUACUACAUAGAACAGCUAUGCCACCAUCAGCGCUAAGUCCACUUGGAGUAACGCUACCGCCCACUCUCCCAGUUGCAGCCGCAGCAGCGUUGUUACCACCGCAGUCGGCUGCAAUGGCGGCUUAUCUAAACGCGGCUGCAGCAGCAGCUGUAGCACAACAAUCGCACAGACUGAUGAUGACAUCUCCCCUACCCCCUUCGUUCAACAGGUCUUCCAUAUCACCCUUGGUGACCUCAAGUUCGUCUCCUCCUGGUGCAUUUACAUCUUCCAUAAGCCCAUCUGAAAGGAACUUGCAAUCUCCACCAGAAGACGGAAUAUUGGACUUUAGCAGAAAAUCGAAACAUAGCGAUGCUGAAAGUGAUAAUGACGCUGUCAAUUUCAGUAAGCCAGAAAGUCCAGCCCCAGAGUCUGGAAAUGGACCUCUCGAUUUAUCCUGUUCUGGCAGAAAGAGAUCGUCAGACGAAACGAGUUCACAACCUCCGGCACGUAAGCCGAAGACUGAAUACAAAAGUCCAAUUCCACAAUGGCCGACAACAUUGGGUGCUUCGCACCUUCCUUAUUUUGCAGCGGCUGUGGCUGCUGCCUCUAAUUUAUCACCGAAAAGCUCAGCACAAACAAAUGAGCUUUGGAAUGGAAAAAUGAAACAUUCAGCACCUGCUCCUAGUGAUGCUACUAAAGCCCUGGAAAAAAUGAGUGAGCUGAGUAAAUUGGGAGGUGAAGAUCUCUUCAGAACGAUGGCUAAUCAACCUGCACCGAACUCUGCCAGUAACAGACACAGUGCCUGGCAGUCACAUUGGCUGAAUAAGGGAGCGGAACAAGCUAAGGAUGUUUUGAAAUGUGUAUGGUGCAAACAAAGUUUUCCUAGUUUGGCAGCGAUGACUACGCAUAUGAAAGAAGCCAAACACUGUGGUGUGAACGUUCCAGUCCCUCCAAUGCAAUCACAAAAUUUGAUUCCACAACCUCAAAUUACACCUCCUAGUACCAAUAGCAGUAGUUCUGCCGGCAGCUCUAACAAACCGAUGACCUCUGAUCUCAAUAUGUUAAUCAAAGAAACGAUGCCAUUACCUAGAAAAUUAGUGAGAGGACAAGAUGUUUGGCUUGGUAAAGGUGCGGAACAAACGAGGCAAAUCCUGAAGUGUAUGUGGUGUGGUCAGAGUUUCAGAUCGUUAGCUGAAAUGACAAGUCAUAUGCAACAAACCCAGCACUACACUAAUAUAGUUUCGCAAGAACAAAUCAUUUCCUGGAGAUCUAGCGACGAUAGUAAAGGAGGAGGUGGUGGUGGUCCAGGCGGUAAUCCUCCUCCUAGCGGUGCCAGUAGUCAUGUCAGCGCAGUUCUCACAUGUAAGGUUUGCGAUCAAGCUUUCAGUUCGUUGAAAGAGCUCAGUAACCAUAUGGUUAAAAAUUCCCACUACAAAGAACAUAUUAUGCGGUCCAUCACAGAAAGUGGUGGAAGAAGAAGGCAAACGAGAGAAAAGAGAAAGAAAUCAUUGCCUGUGAGGAAGCUUUUAGAAUUGGAAAGAGCCCAGCACGAUUUCAAAAACGGAGAUAGUGGCCUUCUGGAUAAAAUGAGAGAGACUACGAGUGCUGGUAGAAUCACAUGCGAGAAAUGUGGACUAAAAAUUGAAACAUCUCUAUUCGUUGAUCAUAUACGACAGUGUGUUGGAGGUGGUUCAAUAGGUUCCAAUCAGAGGAAUUUUCUGAAAAGUGCUCUGAUAUCGAAUAGCAUACUACCUCCAGAAUCUCCAACAAGAGAUAAAAUAAAAUCAGAUGACAAGUCUCCAUCACCUGUGUCCCAACACAGAUCACCUAGUGCUGAUUUGAGUGGUAAAGAAACACCCCAAAUAAGCGAAAACAACAACGGAUCUUCCCCAUCAGUUCUCAAUGCAAUAGAAAAACUAAUCGAGAAAAGUUUCGACUCGAGGCAGAGGCAGAACGCUUCAUACCCAGGUCAUGGAAAUAUAAAUGCACCUAUGGGUUCCAGUAUCUUGAAACGUCUAGGCAUAGAUGAGAGUGUUGACUACACUAAACCUUUAGUUGACGCACAAACAAUGAAUUUAUUAAGGUCCUACCACCAGCAACAACAAAACCACUAUGCAAGACGAGAGAGAAGUGGAAGCGAGUCAAGUUCCAUAUCAGAAAGAGGAAGCAGUCGCAUCGAUGCCCUUACACCGGAAAGAAAGAUGGAUCCUCCAGGGGUGCCAUUAAAUAGCACUCCCAGAUCCACCCCUGAUAAAAGGGAGAGGGAAAAGUCGCCCUAUAUCGAAAAAAACGAAUCUGAUACUGAAGUGAAAGUGAAGAAAGAAGUGGAUGGUGAAGAAUGUCCCAGAUUAGAGGAGCAAAAUCCGGAAGUCAUAGUGAAGAAAGAAUGUACGGAUGAUGAAGAUGAACGACAGAGUUACCACAGUAGCGGCGGUAUGAGGAACGAGGAAGAAGAUAAAAUUCCGUCAAGCCCCAAGCAAUCGAUAACUCCCUCUGAAAACCUCCCACCGAAUAGUCCGUGUAGAAACAGUACUAGCAGUCCAGCCAGCAGUGAUAGAUCUGGUACUCCAAGAAGUACCAAUGGCGACAAAAAACCGGGAGGUAGUCUUGGUGCUUUGAGUUCUAUGUUCGACAAUCUCUCAGGUACUUCAAACGAGAACCCUGCCCCCAGUUCCGGAAAAAAAGGUUCCUCACAUCCUCUGGCAGCGCUCCAGAAACUCUGUGACAAGACUGAAACUCAUACCAAUGCAAGACCCCACUCUUCCUCCAGUCAAUCUGUUCCUAAUCCCAGUCCAACUACAGUUCCAACCUCCGGAACAACCCCUGGUGCAAUAUUAGCCUUCAGUUGGGCGUGUAACGAUGCAGUGAUGACAUCAGACUCUAUAAUGAAGUGCGCGUUUUGUGAUACACCGUUCAUUUCGAAAGGUGCGUACAGACAUCAUCUUUCCAAAAUGCAUUUUGUGAAGGAUGGUAUCAUACCGGACCCAGUGGCAUUGAAAAGUAAUCAGCCAAGUUCGUCCAACAGUGGGGUGCCUCUGAAAGGAACUCAAAUGCCAAAUGUUCCAGGUAGUUCUAGUGGUACCAAGAGUCCUCCAGUAGCGUCAGGUUUCGAGGAGAGUCCCCAUUCGAAAUUUUUGAAGUACACCGAGUUAGCGAAGCAGUUAUCGAGUAAAUAUGUAUAAAAUUCUCAAUCAUUCCUCUUUUGUAAUAUAGUAUAGGAGACAACCGCUGAAAACGGUAAUAUUGUGAUGUUAUCAUAUCGUCAACCAACUUAGUAAUAAUUCUUGGACGUGUUUUAAGUUGUACAGUUGCAAAAUACAAAACUUCAGAAGUGAUUAUAAUUGUUAUACGAAUUUAAAGUCACAUAAUGUAAAUAGCUGUGUAUAAGUCGGUAUUGUAAGAUAUUUACCCCACUUAAGAUAUACUUCCCCAACCAAGAGGAAAAGAACUCGCUUCUUACGUUUCAAACGUAGUUCGUCUGGCACAAAUCUAUGAUGAACCGCAUUUUUCCGCUCUUGUUCAAAGAGGAAAAACUAUUUAUUCGUUUUGUACAUUAAAAUUUCAUUGGAACUGGGAAGCGUGUUUUUUAAUUUAAAUCAACAUUGUUUCGAGGUUGUGCUGUAGAGAAUAUUGAGAAAACGUACUAGAAUUUAGGUUAGAGAGAUUGGUUGGAAGAAAUCUGUACUACUCAGUGAAUCUCAUGUACGAAUCGGUUUGUUCGUUAGAAUCAGAAGAAUACAAAAUUUAGCUGUUGUACUAUAAAUACUGGGUUCGAAAAUUGUAGAAUAAUAUGCGAAAAUUGUUUAUCGAAAAUGGUUACUGUCCUGCAUACUGUAUAAAAUUUUUGAAAGUAGAAAAUGAAGUGACUGAUGAUGAAGCGAAAUAUAAUAACUACCAUAUUUUUUUAAUGUUCAAUAUUUUUGACAGUAUGUGGUGUGUAACUGUUGAGAUUUUCGUGAAACUACAAACAUCUUGUAUACGUAUAUUGCAAAUAUCUCUUCUUCCAUGAAAAAUUUUAAAAUAUAUUUAUCAAUCAUUAUUAUACUGAUGAAUACAAAAGAUGUAUACGCAUUAGCUCAUAUUCAUGGCGAAGCUCUUUUAUGUUUUGAAGAAAGUUUAAACUUUAUUUAAUAUUUUGUUGUAUUUGAUUGCAAAGGAAGCUCAAAUAAAUAUAUGUUAUGAAUA